AGUGGGCUCCACCUACCCGCUCCGGCCCUUCCCACCCCCCCCCCCCCACCCCAUCUACUUUCUACAGUCUGUGGAGACAGUUGUGUCCCUGUGGCUUUGGUGCGCCUGUGUGCACUUUCUCCCUCCACCUGGAGCAUGGGCUGACACCGGAGGAAAGGAAAAGACAGAGUCAGACAGGGAGCCUGGGGAGGGGCCAUGGUGCCAAUGCACUUACUGGGGAGACUGGAGAAGCCGCUUCUCCUCCUGUGCUGCGCCUCCUUCCUACUGGGGCUGGCUUUGCUGGGCAUAAAGACGGACAUCACCCCCGUUGCUUAUUUCUUUCUCACAUUGGGUGGCUUCUUCUUGUUUGCCUAUCUCCUGGUCCGGUUUCUGGAAUGGGGGCUUCGGUCCCAGCUCCAAUCAAUGCAGACUGAGAGCCCAGGGCCCUCAGGCAAUGCACGGGACAAUGAAGCCUUUGAAGUGCCAGUCUAUGAAGAGGCCGUGGUGGGACUAGAAUCCCAGUGCCGCCCCCAAGAGUUGGACCAACCACCCCCCUACAGCACUGUUGUGAUAUCCCCAGCACCUGAGGACGAACAACCUAGCCAUCCAGAGGGGUCCAGGAGAGCCAAACUGGAACAGAGGCGAAUGGCCUCAGAGGGGUCCAUGGCCCAGGAAGGAAGCCCUGGAAGAGCUCCAAUCAACCUUCGGCUUCGGGGACCACGGGCUGUGUCCACUGCUCCUGAUCUGCAGAGCUUGGCGGCAGUCCCCAGAUUAGAGCCUCUGACUCCACCUCCUGCCUAUGAUGUCUGCUUUGGUCACCCUGAUGAUGAUAGUGUUUUUUAUGAGGACAACUGGGCACCCCCUUAAAUGACUCUCCCAAGAUUUCUCUUCUCUCCACACCAGACCUCGUUCAUUUGACUAACAUUUUCCAGCGCCUACUAUGUGUCAGAAACAAGUGUUUCUACCUGGACAUCAUAAAUGGGGACUUGGACCCUGAGGAGAGUCAGGCCACGGUAAGCCCUUCCCAGCUGAGAUAUGGGUGGCAUAAUUUGAGUCUUCUGGCAACAUUUGGUGACCUACCCCAUAUCCAAUAUUUCCAGCGUUAGAUUGAGGAUGAGGUAGGGAGGUGAUCCAGAGAAGGUGGAGAAGGAAGAAGUAACCUCUGAGUGGCGGCUAUUGCUUCUGUUCCAGGUGCUGUUCGAGCUGUUAGAUCCCUUAGGCUUGACAGCUUUGUGAGUUAUUAUUGAAAAAUGAGGAUUCCAAGAGUCAGAGGAGUUUGAUAAUGUGCACGAGGGCACACUGCUAGUAAAUAACAUUAGAAUAACUGGAAUGAACUCCUGAUCCCAAAGCCUAUUGUGUUUUCAACACAAGGUAAUAGGAAGCCAAGCAACUUGCAUGUCUCCCAAUCCCUGUCUAGGGACAGCUGCUGGUGCAGGAUGGAAGACUUCCUAUAAACAGAAUGGGCGACCAAUUGUGUCUACAGAAGGGGUGGGCUGAGCAUGGGCACGCAUGUCCCCAGCCUCCUGGACGAGCAAAGUCAGUCAAAGCGCUGGUGAUCCCUGCUCCGCGUGCGUAGCAGUGUCUGUGCCUCUCCUGCCCAGGGGCUAGACAGCAGUCUCCAGUGCAGGGUCCCCAUCCUAUCUGAAAACAGUAGAGUCAGUGGCCCCAGGUGGAGGGACUUCCAGUUUUAACAAUGGGUUGGUAUGAAGGCCAGAAAGAGUGAAACAUGUGAGCUUUCUGGCGAGGAGACUCCCUCUUGAAUCAUCCAUAUGUAGCCCCGGGGUCACUUGCGAGGAGUCUCUAACAGCUUCUGCCUCACUCCUAAGCUCUGACCGCUAGGCUUUCACCCCAGCCGCCGGUCCUGAUUCCUGAGAUCUCAAUAUUGAGCACCAGGUUUCCUGGAAUUGUGUGCUGCGGCUGUGAUGUAGGUUUCGGUCGCUGGAAGCUGCUAAACCAUAGCUGACGCCCCCUCCUAAGCCAGCCUUCCUUCCCCGCGCGGGCAUCUGUCCAGGGCCUUGUUGCGCUCUCAGUCUCCUUCGCAGCCUGGCCCCAACUGUUCAACUUCAAUAAAGCAAAACUCCAGCCAC